AUGGCUGAAGAUGGUUCUCCAAAAAUUUAUUUCCAUUGUCCAACAGAAAAAAACAAAACAUCAACUGAAGCAACUCUUUCCAAAUCAGAAACAACUAUUACCUCAGAAGUAGACCACAUUUCUUCAGUAAAUGACUAUACAAGAGAACAUGAUUUUUCAUCUACCACAGGGGAUAAGUUUGCACCAAUGAAGGGAAGACUGAAAUCUGAAGAUGAUGCUGAGAUUUGUAAAAGUAAGUCAAUAGCCUCUACAGAGAAAGAAAUGUCAAGUAUGACUGUUACAAACUCCAAGGCUGAUGACUUUGUUACUGAAAAUUUCAUUUCAACAAAAAUUAGUAAUAAUUCAUCACUACUUGCUGCUGUUUCUUUAAUAGAUUUUUCUGCUAACCUAGCUGAUGAAGAUAUUCUGUUGGAUGCAAUUUUCUCAAGGAAUAAAGAUGUUUCAAAAAUUUCCAAAGUCUCUGGCGAACUUAAGAAAAACACCACUUGCACUGAUGACACACCAACUCCUUUAGAUGAAAAAGAUGUAUCUGGUGUUACCAAUUCUAACUCCUCAGACAAAUCCAAUACAGAUGAAGUUGUCCAGGUCACUAACUCCUUUAUUCCUGAGGAUGAAAUUUCUUCAUCUACCAAAGCACAUAUCACCACUAUUCCAGAUAUAACUACUAUUGAAGAAGAAAAAAUAACUGAAAGUGAUCUAGUUGUUUCUGAGGACUCCAAUAUCAAAACUAAAUUAACUGAGUGUGGUGAGGAAAAUUUCAUCACUGUAUUUGAACUCACUGUUGAGAAUGACAAAGAUAACCCAGAAGAUAUUCCUCUAAGAGAUGAAAAGUCUGUCAAUGAAAUCAACAUCUGGACGGAGGGAGAUGGUUCAAAGGAAACAGAGUCUCAUUCUGUUUUGCUUACUGCAGUGGAAUCCAAAUAUGACUUUGUUGUAUCCACAUCAGUAACUAUGAACCUCAUGGAUGAUUCACCUACUACAACAAUGAAAGAUCUGUUUGAAAAGGACAGAACUGAAUCUGUAUCUAAGAUCCCUGAGCCAUCUUCUGAAACUAACCCCAUAUUAGAUACACCGUUCCCCAUUGAGGAUACUCCGAACCAUUUGGAAGACAGCUUCACAAAUGAAAUGGAUCUCUUCAAACUACUAGAAGAUCCAGAUGGGUUCAUGAUUUAA